UAUAAGGCAGUGUGUCGGUCACUCAGACACAUAGCGGAGAGCGGACGCAGGCAGAUGGUGACUUCUUUUUUUGUCAUAUAAUUACAAACAGAUUCGAAUGCGGGCCUUUGUGUCAGCGGGGGGACUGGAUUUGAAUAUCCCGCCCUCUGCGAAGAAACUCCUCCGAGCUCCGCCGAGGCGGAGAUUUCCAGCGCCUAUUCAGCUCAGUCAGCAGUGUGUCAGAGAGCUCUGCCCGCACAGCUCACAGAGCACCAGCCACCACCAGGACAGCGGUUAAAAAGAAAACUUCGCUGUAUCACGGAGCUUUUCUUUACAGCUAGGAACCUACAAGUAAGAAGAAGUAUCUCUCUCCACGUUUCACGCCCCCCCCCCUUUUUUCCCCCGCUGGAGAUGUAUCGCUUUUAGAACUAGGAGCGGACAGCGCCGCACACCUUAAGCCGGGAUGAGUGGCGGCUCCGCGGGCUCCGGCGCGGCGCCCUGCCGCUUCGCCCAUUACUUUGUCAUUUGCGGAAUAGACACAGAAACGGGACUAGAACCGGACCAGUUAGCAGCUUUGUACCAAUGGCUAGAAGCAGACCGCCAAGGCAAGGAUUCCGCUACUGCAGCCACAGGUGAAAACUUUGAGCAGAGCCCCCUGAAGAGGACGUUCAAGUCAAAAGUUCUAGCGCAUUACCCUGAGAACGUGGAAUGGAACCCAUUCGACCAGGAUGCUGUCAACAUGCUGUGUAUGCCAAAAGGUCUAUCAUUCAGGACACAAACAGACCAGCGGGAUCCCCAAUUCCACUCCUUCAUCAUCACAAAGGAGGAUGGCUCUCGAACCUACGGUUUUGUCCACACCUUCUACGAGGAGGUGACCAGCUCACAGAUUUGCUCUGCCAUGCAGACCCUCUACCAGAUGCACAAUGCAGAGCACGCCUCGGCCAACCACCCUACCACCUCCUCCUCCUCCUCCUCCUCCUCCUCCUCCUCCUCCUCCUCCAGCAUGGACUCUCUGGCCGGCAGUUUAGACGAGGCCGACUCCCCCAAUUCCUCAUCUUCAUCCUCCUCGUUGUUGGCUUACAAGGCGGGUGGCUAUGACUCAUCACGGGACACCCUUUAUGUGUCCAAAGCUUUAUGUCUGAUCACGCCCAUGCCCUUCAUGCACGCUUCUCGGCGAUUGUUGUCGCAGCUACACAGAGCUGUUACUGCGGCCACUGCCCCACCUUUGCCGCUGGAAAGCUAUGUUUACAAUAUUCUGUACGAGGUGCCGCUGCCAGCUCCAGGACGCUCGCUCAAGUUCCAUGGUGUUUACGAACCAAUCGUUUGCCAGAGGCCCGGGUUGGGGGAGCUGCCACUGGCUGACUUCUCCCUUGCAGAGGCCUUCAGUCUGCUGGGAUUGGAGAACCUGAUCCAGGUGUUCACCUGCACAUUGCUGGAGAUGCAGAUCCUACUGUACUCACAGGACUACCAGCGGUUGAUGACGGUGGCUGAGGGCAUUACCACCCUGCUGUUUCCCUUCCAGUGGCAGCAUGUCUACGUUCCCAUCCUGCCCGCCUCUCUCCUGCACUUCCUGGACGCUCCUGUUCCCUACCUGAUGGGUCUACAGUCCAAAGAGGGCACAGACCGCUCCAAACUGGAGCUUCCUCAGGAGGCAAACCUUUGUUUUGUGGACAUUGACAACCACUACAUUGAGCUUCCUGAGGACUUUCCCCACCUUCCCAACAAGACUGAGUUCAUCCAGGAACUCGGCGAGGUGCUGCUUCGAUUUGGCAUUUCUCCCAACACGGGGGCUCCUCCACGGACCCGCGCCUGUCCCGGCAGCACCCCCUCCACCCCUGGUAGGGAGCACAAGACUGUUGCUCUCCGUCAGCUAGAGGAUGACGGGCGUAACGGCAACCUGGCAGGAGAGGAGCUUGCUGUGCUGGAACUACUACAGGAAAAUGCCACCCUGGAAAGACUACAUGAGCUGACCAAGCGCACCGGUGUGACAGUGGCCCACGUUGAAACUCUAAGAGGCAAAGUCAAAGCUCAGAGCGCUGAGUGUCAAGGAGGUCUGACAGCAGCUGAAGAGGAUGAGCUAAAGAAUGCCAAGCUGAACAUCCAGCUGAGGGAGGUGUUUGCCAGCCGCUUCACCACCAUGUUUGCCGACUAUGAAGCCUUUGUCAUCCAGAGCGCCCCGGACUUGGAGUCCUGGCUCACAAAUAGGGAACAGAUGCACAACUUCGACAAGGCAUCGUUCCUGUCAGACCAGCCAGAGCCCUACCUUCCGUUCCUCUCCCAUUUCAUUGAGACGCAGAUGUUUGCCACCUUCAUCGACAACAAGAUCAUGUCCCAGUGGGAGGAGAAGGAGCCGCUGCUCCGUGUCUUUGAUGCGCGCAUCGACAAGGCCCGCCUCUACAAUGUACAACGUGCUCCCAGCCUCCGAUCUUCCAUCUACCAGAGGUGCUCCAUCCUCAAGGAGUCUGCUCAGGCCAUUGAGCAGCGGCUGAUGAAGAUUGACCACACCGCCAUCCACCCACACCUGCUGGACAUGAAGAUUGGUCAAGGCAAAUAUGAGCAGGGAUUCUUCCCCAAACUGCAGGCUGACGUGCUUAACACAGGGCCCAUCAAUAACAAGUGGUCUCAUAGGAGUGCAAGAGCUCAGCGAACAAAAGACCAUCACAGGCAACAAACGGAACAUCUGAGCCUCGACAGCGACCUGAAAGAGCAGGUGGAGGGCUGUCUGAUCCUGCAGAACUCCAUGGCGUUUUGGGAGUGGGACAAUGCGUCCCCUCCACCUAACAAACCGCCUAAAAAAUCUGCCUCUGCAUCCUGCCUGAAGUACAUGCAGGAGGCCCGCAGCCUGGGGAAGAACCUUCGACAGCCCAAACUGUCUGAUUUGUCACCUGCUGUCAUCGCCCAGACCAACUGGAAGUUUGUGGAGGGGCUGCUAAAGGAGUGUCGCAUGAAGACUAAGCGUAUGCUGGUGGAGAAGAUGGGAUGGGAGGCGGUGGAGCUGGGUCAUGGUGAGGCCAACAUUACUGGACUGGAGGAGAACACUCUGAUCGCCAGCCUGUGUGACCUGCUCGAGAGGAUCUGGAGCCACGGGCUGCAAGUCAAACAAGGGAAGUCGGCCCUAUGGUCCCACCUGCUGCACUACCAGUCCCGAGAGGAGAGGCUGCUGGAGCAGCAACAGGUGGAGUCACCAGUGUCACAUGUUCCUGAGAGGAGGAAGUCUGAUUGUUCCAUAGCGUUGCCGUCUGUUCGUGUGUCUCUCAUACAGGAUAUGAGGCAUAUCCAGAGUAUGUCAGAGAUAAAGACAGAUGUGGGACGAGCGAGAGCCUGGAUCCGUCUGUCCCUGGAGAAGAAGGUGCUCUCACAGCACCUCAAACAGCUGCUGUCCCAGCAAGCCUUAACCAACAGGAACCUUUAUAAGCGUUAUGCCUUCUUGCGCUGCGAGGAGGAGAAGGAACAGUUCCUCUUCCACCUGCUCUCUCUCAACACCGUCGACUACUUCUGCUUCACCAGUGUCUUCACCACCAUUAUGAUCCCAUACAGAGUCGUCAUCAUUCCCAUCAAGAAGCUGACCAAUGCCAUGACCACUUCCAAUCCCUGGGUGUGUGUGUCAGGAGAGCUGGGAGACUCGGGCAUCAUGCAGAUCCCCAAGAACGUCCUGGAGACUACCUUCGAUUGUCAGAACCUGGGAAAGUUGACCACUGUGCAGCUAGGUCAUGAUAAUGCUGGACUCCUGGCUAAAUGGCUGGUGGACUGUGUCAUGGUGCGCAAUGAGAUCACAGGACACACUUACAGGUUUCCAUGUGGUCGGUGGCUUGGUAAGGGUAUAGAUGAUGGCAGCCUGGAGAGGGUCCUGAUUGGUGAACUGUGGAUGUCCAGUGGAGAGGAAGAUUCUGGGAGAUGCUGCCGCACUCCCCCACUGCAGCACUCGCCAUCCCAGACCAGACGCAUCAGCAUCACAUCUCUGUCUGGGCGAGGGUACAAGCCGACCUCAGCCCAGAUUCAAGAGGCCAUCGGGGAGGCUGUGAACAACAUCAUCAAACACUUCCACAAGCCAGAGAAAGAGAGAGGCAGCCUGACCGUGCUGCUGUGUGGAGAGAGCAGUUUGGUGGCGGCUCUGGAACAGUUUUUCCAUCAUGGCUUCAAGUCUUCCCGUCUCUUCCAGAAGACUGUGUUUGUGUGGGACUUUGUUGAGAAGGCUGUUGUCUACAUGGAGUCAGCUGACCAGAUGGGAGACCUCCAGGAGACUGCUGAGCCCCUGGGCAUGACCUGUCAAUCAUUCUGUCACUAUGUCAACGCCAUCAACUCCACCCCCAGGAAUAUUGGCAAGGAUGGCAAGUUCCAGCUGCUGGUCUGCCUUGGAGCCAGAGACCGUCUGCUGCCCCAGUGGCUCCCCCUGCUGGUGGAGUGCCCAGUGAUCCAGCAGAUGUAUGAGGACAUAGCCCUGCUCAGGGACCGAACCACUGUCAACGCCCUCAUCGGAGUCCUGGAAACACUUCACGAAUUCCCCAUUACACUGGAAGCCUCGCUGAUCAAGUGCAUAGACCUUUAGUCCCAUAAGGAACCAUCGGGGUCAGCAUGACUCUUUGUUCCAAAACCUCCCCUCAAUACCACCGACUUCCACUUUUAGCCAAUUAGCUCUGGGAUUUGACACAAGGAAGGUGAAAGUGAGGGGCAAGAAAAUGAAACUGACAAUUGAAGAAGAAUACAAAACCACUGGUAUGUUUUUUUAAAUUUUUUUUUUACUUUUAGUAGUAGCUCUAGACAUUUGCCUGUGUCCUAGCUGUGUAGCAUAACCUACUUCAGUAGGUUAAGCUAGGUAGACUGAUGAGUAUCGAUAAGUUCUCUUUUCCUCACCUGCCUCUGGCAAUUACAGUACCACUGUCCCCACACCCUAGCAUUAGUAUUAGCAUUAGUAUUAGCAUUAGCAAGCAUGCUAACGGAAUGUGGAUAGAACAGAUGACCUCAGGAAGAGACUAAGCAAUUGUUGACACUGGAAGAAGAAUUAUGACAAGUUGGUGAUGGAGUUCUGUUCUGUAACCUACUGACUUGCAGAGAGUGCAGUGGUGUGGGGUCAGCCCUCAGCCCUCCAUGACUCUCUUUCUUUAAUACGCUUGACUUUAGUCAGGCAUUUUCUACACUUUUGGCCUGUGGAUGAACACAAAUGCUGAUAUCAGUGGUUCAGAGUCAGGAGCUCAUCCUGUGGCUGCAUGGACAAUAAUUCCUACCAAACUAUAGGCAUUGACCUGGCUGUGUAUGUUUUGUGCGGUUGCGUGUGUGUCAUCUUUUAAGCGUGUGUCUGUUGGUCCUUCAUUUGUUUUCCAUUUUUUCUUCCAACUCAGAGUCUACAUUGUGUGUGUGUGUGUGUGUGUGUGUGUGUGUGUGUGUGUGUGUGUGUGUGUGUUUGUGUGUGUGUGUGUGUGUGUUUGUGUUUGUGUCUGUGUGUGUCUCUGUGUCUGUGCGUUGUUACGGUUUGUCAAGAUUUUCACUUCAGUAGUAGCUACAGUGUUCAACAAAAUAAUUCCAGAGCUUUGAACCACAUUGUGUUUGUUUUAGUUGUCACAGUCAUCACAUGACUUAAGUGCAGGACUUUGUGGUUGAAAGGUCUGGCAAAGGUUAGGAAGUGAAUCUUUAGUUAAAAAUAUGUUGUCAAUUUUUUUUUUUAAACAACUAAGUGAUGUUCUUUUCUCUAAAUGAUUUAGUGUAGUGAUCAGUGGAAUAAAAAUGAUAACAGAAAAGAGUUUGGAGAGGUUUAGCCAUUCAUAGGUCUACUUAUUGAACAUACCGAGUAAAUCUAUGGUAAACAAACAGCUCUAACCUGGUCAUAAAUACAGUUUAUCAACUAGGGGCUCAUAAAUCUUGAUUUUUUUUUCCUGACCAUCUACUAGAUAAAUAAAUGGAAAUGUCCCUUUAUAUUAUAGUUCAUAGUUCACUGGUUGGGCUUGUUUUCUUAAAGGUGCAAUAUGUAAGAACUGGCCACCUGUUAAAUUACUACUCCAAACAAAUAGGGGGUAGCAUGUCAACAGAUUAACUGCUAACCAUAGCGGCAUUCAGGUAGUUAGCCUAGUUAGUGGUGCAGUUAGCAGUCCGACCGGCAGCUUGGAGAUCUGAGGGACUGUUAGUGUUGAUUAGACUGGAGCUUUGGAUUGCCACCACAAGGAGGACCUAAUAAUUUAAGUAUUUUUUGUUGUUGUUGUUGUUUUGUUUUAGAAUUAACUUUGUACAUAUAGCACCUUUAAAUCCUGCUUCACAAUGCGACAUCGGCAUAAAAACAUGCAACAAUGUACGUAACACUCGUAGAUUGAUUUUCACGUUGUUCUUAAAGGAACUGUUCAACAUUACUGGAAAUACACUUUAUAUCAGAGAGUGAAAUGAGAUGUUUGACGUCAAUCUCAUGUCUGUGUGUGUUAAAGGAGAAUUUCAGUCGAUUUAAACAUGCAGCUUCAUUGCUCAAGCUACCCUUGACUUGCCAGUACCGAAGACGUGAACACAUUUGGUCCAACCAUUACAGGGCUCCGUGAACGGAGAGUUAGCACUGACAGCUAACAGCAUGGGUUCUGAACUUCACAAUGUGUUUUAAGCGUCUCAACAUGCGGCAAAUCUCACCCCAUGCAAGUUAAGCAACAUCAGCAGACACCUUACAACACAGCAC